UGUGCGAGGCGAACAACGUCCCAAACAGAUGUGUGGUUAUUAAACAGCUAAUUCAAGCUGUCUCACUUUCUUCCUGCAAAGAUGGUUACCACGAUAUUGCAUCUCGGAAUAGCGGUGUUGCUGGCCGGCUUAAUGGUGGCCUUGUCUCCAUCGCCACAACGUCCCAACAUUGUGUUCAUAGUAGCAGAUGAUCUAGGCUGGAAUGACGUCGGCUUCAGAAACCCUGACAUCAUCUCCCCAAAUAUAGACAAACUGGCCAGAGAAGGGGUCAUCCUCAACAGCUCCUAUGUCCAGCCUGUCUGCAGUCCAUCUCGCAAUGCGUUCAUGACAGGCGUCUAUCCUUUCAAAGUUGGUCUUCAGCAUGUGGUGAUUUGGCAAUGGCAAAACGUCUGUUCCCCCUUCAACCACACGUUUCUGCCUCAAGUGUUGAAAGGCCUGGGCUAUGCUACUCACAUCGUUGGCAAAUGGCACCUCGGCUUCUGCAACUGGAACUGCACUCCCACCUUCCGAGGCUUCGACAGCUUCUUCGGCUACUACAACUCCCGCGAGGACUAUUACAGUCACAAGCUGUCAGGAUACCUGGACUUCCGGCAAGACGAGGAAGCUGCGUGGCAGUAUGAAGGCCAGUACUCUGCGAACCUUUACUCCAAGAAGAUCGUCAGUAUUAUUGAACAUCAUGAAAGGAGCAAACCACUGUUUCUCUACCUGCCGUUCCAAUCUGUGCAUUCCCCAACUCAGGCCCCCGCCCGCUAUGUCAACCUGUACAAGAACGUGAACAACGAAGGAAGGAGGGUUUUCAGCGGGAUGGUUUCCGCUCUCGAUGAAGCGAUUGGUAAUGUAACAACAGCGCUGAAACAACGCGGUCUGUAUGACAACACCCUGUUUCUUUUCACAACGGACAAUGGAGCCGAGAUCUUCAGCCACGGCAACAACUGGCCCCUGAGAGGAGGGAAACAUUCCAUCUGGGAGGGAGGGACGAGGGGCACGGCGUUCCUGCAUGGGGCGGGACUGAAGAAAACUGGUUACACAUAUAACGGAAUGAUCCAUGCAGUUGACUGGAUGCCAACAUUGAUCUCUGCUGCAGGUGGAACUCCAGUAAAAGGUAUCGAUGGCGUUGACCAAUGGGAAUCUGUAAGCACCGGAGGACCCUCUAAGAGAUCAGAGUUCAUCUACAAUUUAGACGACUACGUCAUACCGACUGAGGGACAAGCAGGCAUAAGGAUGGGUGAUUAUAAAUUGUUGCUAGGAUACCCCGGAACCCAGGAUGGAUGGCAUCGUCCUAUGAACAACACUAAGGAUGAUAUAUACGAGAAGCACCUGUUCGACCCUCUGGGAAAGGAAGCCUACUUGUUCAACCUGAAAGAUGAUCCUCUGGAAACACACGAUCUUGCAGAAGAGAUGCCAGAACUUGUUGCUAAGCUACGAGAACGCCUUCUGGAAUACAAGAAACAUAUGGUUCCAGCCAACUACCCCGGUCGUGACCCUAAAGGCGAUCCCAGGAGAUACAACAAUACAUGGACUCCAGGCUGGUGUUGACGUCAUCGACGGUACUGUAUGACGUCAUCGUCAUUUUACCCAACAAUAGUGGGAACUAACGAGAUGUGCGUGCUCUGUUGUUUUAAAUUUAAACAGGAGGCCAACGUGCAACACAAUGCCAUGACAUCAAUCUGCAGUCGA